AAUGACACCGUGCUAUUGUCAAGAACUCGAAUACAAGAAAACAAUCAGUCGUUAAGAGUCGGUGCAGCAUAGUGGUAUGUCAAUAUGAGGAAAUUUUACGAAACAGCACUGCUGGUAUUCUGCGCGACAAUAGUAUUUGUUCUCGCUGCAGCCGACGAUGAUGAUUUGGAAAAAAGAUAUAUGGAUUUCGAAGUCAUUCCAGAUGUAAUUGAUAAAACGCCUAUGAGCUUAUUGCAGGUCACUUUCAACGAUAAGGAUGUUGGUUUCGCCGAUGAACUAAAACCGAGAGAAGUCAAAGAUGAACCACAAGUAGGAUGGCAAUUAGACAGUAACAAACUCUACACCUUAUUAUUGACAGAUCCAGAUGCUCCGAGUCGCGAGGACAAAAAAUGGCGUGAGGUCCUUCACUGGGCCGUAGUGAAUAUUCCAGGAAACGAUUUCAGCAAAGGUGAAACUUUGGCGGAUUACAUGAGCUCCGGACCACCCGAAGGUUCUGGAUUGCAUCGCUACGUUUUCGCGGUGUACGAGCAGCCGUCGAAAUUGGACGUCGAUGAAAAACACAUCGACAAGACAAGAGUACCGGAGCGUUUGAGUUUCUCGUCGAAAAAGUUCACGGAAAAAUAUAACCUUGGGCUGAUAGUGGCUGGAAACAUGUAUCAAGCUCAAUUCGACGAUUAUGUACCCGAAUUGUAUGAGACCUUGAAAUGGGAGUAAAAUUGAUUAAAUCAUGCCUUAGAAGAUUCGAUUUUAAAAUUUGUCAAAAAAACUUUAGAACAUAUGUCAACAGCAGUAUUAAUGAAUGCUUUCAAAAAGUAGUAUUUGAAAUUGUGAUGUAAGAAGUUCUCGACUUUGCAAGUAUGAAAAUAACGAUGAUGACUAAAUAAUUGUAUCUUCGUACACACCUCGAUUGUUUAUUCAACAAUUUUAGAAUAGAAGCCUAGCAAGAAUCA